CUAAUAUUUCCACAUAUUGUUAACCCUGCAGGUGUGACUAUGAUAUAUACAAAAUUUUCCAUCGAUUUUAAAACGAAAGUGUAAAAACAAGCGAAAAUGUAAAAAUUUUGAACAUUUGCAAAUGUAAUUAAAUUAACUGGUUAUACUUCAAACAGCAGUGUAUACCACAGUAUGUUAAUUGCGUCUGAAACUAAUUAAAGGAACAAAUGAAAAUCCAUAUUGCAGUAGUUGAAAGUGGUGGAAACAGUGGAAUACCGAUAAAGGCAACACGAAUACAGCAAUUAGAUUUGGUACACAUCAUCUACUAUUGGAAUUUAUGGACACAUUUAUUGGUUAUCGAAAGAUGAAAAUCGCCUUUAGUUGGUGUUAGCGAAUUAGCUGGUACCCUAAAAAAAUGCCGAGGGUAAGCAACGCACUCGCCAAGAACAAUAAUGGUUCCAAUAAUGUUAAUGUAACAACGAAAGUGCGCAAGAAGGCCAUCAAGACAGAGGUAGAAAGUCCAGGUGAACAACAUGUUUUCCACAGAAAAUCGGAGAGGAGAAGAGUGGCGCGGGAUAUCUUUUUGGUAUUUGAAGAGCAACCUUGCCGGCGGGUACGUGGAGGUGCUGGUAGCAAAAAGAAAACACCGCAAAAACCAAAAUUCGGGCAUUUGAUGGUUGAUGAUCCCAGUCGUCCAGCCAAGGGUCUCUUGCGUGACAUUAAAAAUGAACCAAAGUGUUAUCUUAGUGAUGAAUGCACAGCCACAGCUGCGCCAACAACAAAUACGACAAAAACAAUAACAACAAAAGAAAAAAAGAAUACACCAAAGGUGAAUAGCCGAAUAGAAAGUAAACCAAUAGUUGUGGCAGAAAAGUUACCAGAAACCACUAGCGAAAUUACCAAUGAUGAUCCUGUGGCGCGUGUCAAUCCCAUAUUUUUAUGGGUGAAACAGGAUGACACACGAAUUGUAGAAGUGCGCUGCGAGGAUUACGAUAAAAGAAAUCGUAUACGAAUCAAAAAGACUUCUAAUGGUUGGCGUUCUAUACCACGUACUGACCCAUCCACAUCGAAGUUUGUGAAAAUCUUGCAAACUCCACUAUUAAAAGUCAAACGGGAAAUGUAUGAAAAUAGUUUAUUGCAGAAAUGUAGUGAAAGUUUUUGUGCAAACGCAAGUGGUCAAAAUCAACUGGAGGUAAUUGAAAAGCAGAGCUUUAUCACCGAUAAUGUUGAAGAAAAUGUGCCGGUUUGCAUUAAAAAUCCAAUUUCUGAAACAUUGAAUUGCAAGGUGGAUGAUUCAAAUAUAAAUAGUGCGAAAGUUAAUCUUAAGAAUAAGAAAACCAAAACUAAGAAGAAGGGCAAGAGGGGCCGUAAACCUAAGAAACUUAAUAUUCCAAAAACAGAACUGCAAGCGGAGGAUACGCCAGUAGUAAUUGAAGUGAAUGAUUACGCGCAACAUUUGGUAAGUCAAACUGAAGAAUGUAUAGCGCCUGUCGAUCCGAUGAUACAAUCAAAUUUGGAGACAAUACCAAACUUCAGAGAAAUGUGUGUGAAUGACCAUAAUAGUAUAAUGGCGCAGGAUAUUGUUGCCAAUAAUUUGGUAGUUGAAUUACCGGAAAAACAUAUUGAAGAGGAUGUUGCCGCAGUUGAAGUAGACAAUGCUGCAGAGAAGCUAUUAGAUGUACCGGUACAAUCUGAAGUAAAUGAAAGGGAAAUCGAAACUGAAACUGAAACUCAAACAUAUCAACAUCAUACGGCGCACUUGCAGCUUUGUCCAAUAACAGGACUCUUCCUGCCAACAAUCAAUUGCGAAAGUGACAACGAGGCAGAGACACCAGCUGAAGUUGUGUGUAAAGAAAGUGACAUGAAUAAUUUUAAUACGAAUUUUUUGCCCAAAGAUAUUUUAGUGGAUCUGGCCGAUUGCGAUGAAGAUGAGAAUAAUAUUGAAAAUUCCGAAAAAAUGCAAAGUUUACAUACACCAUAUAAUACAAGUCUGGAUGCUGAUACCAAAAACCUGAAAGAUCUAUUGGAUGACGCGGACCUAAUGCAACAUUGCAGCGAUAAUGCUAAUAGUGAUGCUGACAUUAUCGAUUCCAUUGUGAAACGUAGUUGUGAAAACAAUUUAAUCCAGGAGACUGAAACACUCAAAGCGCCUGAGGAAGCAAACACAUUUAACACAACACAAUGUGAAGAAAUGCCACAAAAAGAUUUAUUAGACGAUGUAAUACCAUUGCACAUAAUUGAUGAUAAUGUACGUGACUCACCCAAAUGUUUAUCUUUCAACGAGGCUGGUGAAAUUGAAGGUCUUAACGGUGAACUAUUUCAAUCAAAUAACUUUAUGGACACAUAUGAAAAAGACUCUAGCGUUGAGGAGGUUAGCUUAAGUGAUGAUGGCAAGAAAACUGAAAGUACAGAUGUGAUAGCGUUGUCAUCUCCAAUAGCACUUAAAGACAACAUAAAUGAAGAUGUGAUACUUGAUGAAGUACCCAAAGAUUUAAGUUAUAAAAAACGAGAGGAAGUUUGUCCACCAUCCGAAUCGAGAAGUCAAUGUGCAGUCACAUCAAGUUCGGAUGUAGUGAAGUCUCCACAACAAGGAGAACUACCAGCAAUAGAAACAACAUCAGAAGCGAUCAAGAAUCUAAUACUGGAACAAUUCAUUAAAUUGAAUACCUUUAAUGCGGUAUCACCGCCAGUGAACAAACAACAGUCGGAACCAAUUAAUCUGGGUAAGACCCAAAGGGAAUUAAAUGUAAAUAAUGAAUGCAAUAAUUAUGCCACAUCCACAAAUUACAUUGAGACAGUUGUAAUAGAUGAUAAUAGUGAUGAAGAACCAAUGAAGAAACGUAUUCGAAAUACCGUUAAACUUAGUAAAAAUAAUAUCAUUGAGGAUCUUACUCAAACGUCUGCGCCAACUCCAACAUUAAUAGAUAAGGAUCCGGAUCCACUCACACAAUUGCAACUACUUAUUAGAAAUACACAAUGGAAAGUACCCGAUCCGAUACUAGUGCCAAAGGAUAGGUUGCGAGCAGUAUUAGCAUCCCCAGCCAGAGAAAUACCACUUUUAAUCACCACAAGGCCCGAAUUAAGACUGCCCGAAGCAUUUGCUUAUCCGGAAAUUAUACAAAAUCCUAAUAUAUUAGUAAUUUCUAUGGCGCAAUUAGAAGCAAUUUUGAAAAAUGAAAUGGAGUUGGAGAAAAGCAAAGAGGAACCCGCUGCAACCGAUCCAGUUCACGAAAUGCCAACUGAAACUACAAAGAAACCAAAUACUAUUCAAAUGCCUUCUACUAAUACAACCAAGCCACACAUUGAGCCCAAAAGCAUAAAAGUUAAGGAAACACCAUUGAACCCACCACCCCCGCCACCCAAGUGUUCUCAUGUCGAGAAUAAUUUGGCUUCAGAUAUCAAUGCUGCCACAUUAGCAGUACUAAACCAAAUGUUGUGGCUACCAUACUUUGGACAAUUAUCGCAAGAGUUUCUAAAAACCUUAAAGAACCCUCUUGGCGUACAAAAUAAGUAUGCGAGCAUGAUGCCACCGCUAUACAAUCACCAUCUUGGCCUACAACAUUUAGAUGAAAUGUACAAGAAUUACCUGAAGCAGAUGACAGCUCUAAAGCAUUUAAGUGCCGCAGAGGCACCGGUUAACAACGCAAUGCCAAAUUUUCCACUGGCUCUCGGUGCAUUCCAACCCUCGAUGGAGGCAACAGUCUUUCAAAAAAUGUUGCAACAUCAAAUGGCAAACUUUUUGAAUAUUAAUCCAAUUGCCACUUCAACUGAGGCGUCUAUGCAAACUCCCAUACAACAGGGUAUUAUAGCAAAGAGCCAAGCUCUUGAGACGAACUCCGGUAUUGAGCAUUUGCUUGGUGUAGAAGAGAAGAAAACUAAAAGUCACACAAACACAACAGCGACUUCGAAUACAACAUCCGAUAUAAAUAGUAUGGUUGCUGGUGGUGUUACGGAAAAGUCGGUGAGGGUCAAUAACAACAAUCAUAGCAAUGUGACAAUGAGUUGUGAUAAUUCAAUGAUUGAGAGCAUGAACUAUAAUAAAUACGCUUAUAUGCAAAAACAGGAAAUGGAUAAUAAGCCACGUUUAACGUGCAAAUCUCUUUCGAAUCUAUUGGAACCAGAGAGUGUGCCCUCAUCACCGGCGGUUCCCUUGGUGAAUCUCACAACAGAACAUACGCGCAAUGCGACACAUGAACUUGCCCACACAAAUAGCCAAACACACAUAAAUGCCAAUAAAGAAACAGCGAUAAAUGUGGCACCUGUGCCAGCACCAGUUGAAGUUAUGCCUUUUAAAACAGCAAAGUUACAUAAAGCACCAAAUGUUGGCCAAAAUGCAUCACAUGAAUUAGCCAAACAGCGAAAACGCGCUAUGAACUAUACGGAGACAACAGUGGCAGCAUCGCCAUCAGUGGUGACUCCAACAACGGCGACGUUAGAAAAUCAAACCACUAGCCGAAAUGGUGUUGGUGACAGCAUGAAUGUGGAGACCAAUCAGGCAUUGUGGCAUCCACUUUUUGGCAGUAACGCUAAACCUGGAUACAGUAGUCCUUGGCAAUGGACCACGGUCACAGCAACGGGUGAAUGACAUUCAAGGGGUCUCAAGGGACCCAACAACUA